AUGAGAUUACGACUAGUUCCCGAAGACACAUCAAGGGAGAGGACGGGAGUUCUAACUCUCCAUAGGCUGAAAGUUUUCCGAAGUUCUCCGACGAAGGGAACAGUGAGGCUAGCCAGGAGUUCGGGUAUGGUUUUAACGGUAAUUUAUUUACCCAGUCCCUCGGAGUCUACCCAGAACGAACCCAGGGCAUAUUCGGCCAGGGCAAAUCGCAUGUAAGUCAGUAGGUAAACAAUAUUCACAGGAUGCGAAACAGACAUCUCACCAGGAAGAGCAGUUCUUGGAGCUUGAUCAUCGCAAUGCAACUGCACGAGACCAAAGCGCAGAAGAAAAAUAA